UUAGUCGGUGAUGAUGACUUCACCGGCCUCAUCAGCAUGUUAGUGGUGAGACUUCUGUCAAAAAUCCAAACCCAAACGGAUCUGUACCCAACUGACGUCACACGCACGUCACAAGACCUGAUUCCAAAAGUUAUAGCUGCCUUCUGUGCAUGGUCAGGCUGCUCUGAGACCCAAGCUUAUCCCAAGAACCUGAAGAGUCACAAAGUAUACAGCACCGUCUACAAACAUCUGUUGAAGGAGUUUGGCUCAGAGAAAAUACUCCAACUGGCUGUGUCGACUCAGGACUCGACAUUCAAUAGGAUUCUUGUGAAGUCAUUGAGCAAGGAGCUUCUCCACAGUUGUAACGAGGCAUCAAGAGCAGCCUCAAGAACAUCUUUCGAAGCCACCAGGCCAGAAGCUCUUCUCAUGGCUAAAGAUGUGAAGGCUACCAGAGGGAAGCUGUCUUUCCUACAAAGGCUUGCCAGACUGAAAUUCGACUUGAAGCCAUUCAUGAUGGGAAACAAGAAGGAUUCCAAGAAGAAUUCCCGCCAUUCUGAAUCCAAAGACCAGACUACUGCUGAAGAUAUCAUGUUGGCACAUCCUGGACUCCCAGAGGGUCUUCCCUCCACCUCUCAACAGGAGAAGCCUCGCAAACGUCCCCUUCUAAUCAGGAUGUUUUCCACCAUCUCCAUAGGCCUAUCCAAGCCAUUCAAACAGUUUUCAAACUUUUCCCUUCGACAUCAACAAACGACGCACGGGCUGGUCCUGCAGACUCCCACGCCCAUGGCCCAGGAGAAGGCUGGGGGCCACCUGCUCACUCACGUCCCAGCCAUCUCCUUUGAGACCAACUCUACUGUGGAGUGCACCUCCAAGGGGACUCUUGAAGAGAGGGACCGGGUGAAGGUUAAACUGGCCAACAUGGCCUUGAUGGGAAGGAUCAAAAAGUCUUGGCUGUGAAAUGCCCAUUAUGUGUGAUUAUCGAAUUUAUAAUCUUCCACUUUUGAAACAACAAUGGGAAAGACAGGGUUUAUAGCAAAGGUUGCUCAGAUUGGGCUUUUGGAAAAAUUGGGAGAAUGAAAGUGCACUCCUGAUUCAGAGAGAAAGAUCCAGCUUAAUCAUCCAUACCAUUGUUUAAAUUACAAUAAAAAAACAUUCAAACUGUUCCUGAGUUUCGAAAGACAGAGAAAGGAAAACAUCCUUAUCUUCAGGCUGUUCACACCUGUUCACACAAGUCCUACUGUCCACAAUCUCAGGGUUCUUCAAUACAAACACACCUGUUUCAGAAAACCUUUUCACUUUCACAUUCGAUCAAUGUUUGUAGGAUACUUUCAAUAACUCAAUAAAUGUAAGUGUUGGAACCAUACAUAGCUGGUAACUUGAGCUCGGCAGAGUAGUUUUGACCUGUGUCCAGAUGCAGUCAUUUAUGUUGUCUAAAGGCAAUUUGUCUCUUAUAACAAUGUUAUUUUUCUGAAUAAUCUAAUUGAAUUGACUGGUAGGUAGUCACUAACUAUUUGUAGCAUGUGUUCCUCCGUUUAUUGAUAUUUGCAUGGUGUGUAUGUGUUAAGCUGUUAAGUAAUUAAUGUUUAUAUUAUCCAAAGGGUGUUUAACUGAAAUGUUAAAUGUUGGUGUCUCGAUCUCAGACAUUUGCGCUCAUAUGGCAGAAUCAAACAGUAUUGGAAUAGUAUUGGAAUAGUGACUUGUAAUUUUGCAUCUAGAAGUGUAAGAAUUUUAGAAGAAUGCUAUUUCAUCAGUCAAAUGUUGCACUGUUUGAUAAGACAGGGUAAAGAAAACCUCCAUUUUAAUGAGUUUAGUUGUGAGUUUGACAUUUUACCACAAGAAGUCACUAUAAUACUAUACGUUAUCAAACAGGGUUGUGCUGAAAAUCAAAUGAACCACA